AUGCCCAACGCUUAUGUGGGCAUACUCCUCCUUUUAUGCAUGACCAGAGAUGGCCAGGUGGACGCUACUUCAGCACAGUGCGACCAGAACCAAUGUAAUCUGGGCCGGGAUGACAAGCUCAACAUACACUUGAUUGCCCAUACACACGAUGAUGUCGGUUGGACUCAGACUGUUCAGGAAUACUACGAUUCUAGUGUCCGAUCGAUUUUGGAUGCGUCCAUAUCCACACUAUUAGAGAAUGAGUCGUAUCGUUUCACAUACGUGGAGAUGGCGUAUUUCCACAAAUGGUUUGUGCAACAGUCAACAUUGGUUCAGUCCAAAGUGCGUGAAUUGAUCAGGACCGGGCGUCUGGAGUUCGCACUCGGUGGAUGGGUUAGUUCCGAUGAGGCAGUGGUCUUCUAUGGGGACGAAGUGGAUCAGUUGUCAAUCGGGCGUGACUUUAUUCGCAGAAAUUUCGGGUCAUGCAGUCUUCCUCGUGUGGCUUGGCAAGUUGAUCCUUUUGGUCAUGCUCGUGAACGAGCCCAGGUAUUUUUGGAAGCCGGAUUUGAUUCCCUAUACUUUCAGAGAAUGGACUACGUUGAGAAAUAUGCUCGAAGAGACAAUAGAGAAUUAGAAUUCCUAUGGGAUCCCAGUCCAAAACAGGAACGGUCUGACGAAAAUGACUCUGGACCGUUUUCUAAACUAUUUACUCAUGUGUUCUAUGAUAAAUAUUGCUACCCGGAAGGCGGAUGUAUGGGCGUGGAGUGUGGAUAUGAGAACCCAGUCGACCGUGUCCCAACAUGGAAAGUGGACCUGUAUGUACAAACAUUGGAGCUUUGGCACAAAUCAUAUCGAACGAAUCAUAUCAUGGUCCCAAUGGGCUGUGAUUUUAGCUACGCCAAUGCAAAAAUCAAUUUUCAGUUAAUGGAUUCACUAAUUGAGAAACUCAAUGAACGUCAGGUGGGAAACCUCAGCCUGAAUGUAUUCUAUUCGACUCCGGCUUGCUACACCAAGGCCGUUAAUCGGGAAUUUUUGAAAAUGAACACUCUGUCUCAACGUACCGGUGAUUUCUUUCCGUACGCGUCCAAUGUGCAUAAUUAUUGGACAGGGUUCUACACAAGCAGGCCGGCCUUCAAAUUCUUUGUACGACUGCAUUCUCUGGUGCUCACUAUCGCAGAACAGUGGUUAGAGCGUGAAUUUACUGACCGGAAGGCCCGUGGUUCGAACCCGACCUCUGCCUUUCGACUUCCCAUGUCUAGGCUUGGACAAUCUGUCCUCGUGCUUCCUUCUGGUGGUAUGGCAUUGAAUGUAAUGGUGCCCCGAAACACAUACGGUGCCGGAGUUGAACAGUUACGCCAACAAGUAGCCAUUGUACAACAUCACGACGCAGUAACUGGCACCGAACAACAGCAUGUAGCUGAUGACUACGUGUGGNACCUGAGACGUCUUCAGGUGUUCGACAAUCGUUGUCUCAGAACCAUAGCUCGUGUGGGUUGGUGUCGGCGAAUCCGUAACGAGGCAGUUAGAAAGCGUGUUUUCGGUUGUGUAACGGGUACUUCCAUUGAAGAAUGUGUCCAGCACCAGAAGCUGCGUUGGUUGGGACAUGUGUUACGUAUGUUGAACCAUCGUUUGCCGAAGAGAGUACUGUUUUCCAUGCCCAAUCCGGAGUGGCGUAAACAGAGAGGUGACCAACUCCUGACUUGGCAGAGGAGUAUGAAGUAG